CCUCUCGUUCCCCUCCGAUCCUGUUGUUAUAACCCCCCGUCUCUGUCUGACCUUCCCCAAUCAUGACUGGUCGAGACUCUGAUAAGGGGCAUCGCUACAUCACGGCCCUGGAUAAUGCCCGGUGCCAGAAUAAGUGGGACGAGGUUCCCGAGCUCAUUCGAAAGGUGACCAAACAUGCUCCUCAGAAAACAUGUCUCCUCGAGGUAGCCAGCGCCGAGUACCAGGUGGCCUCCCAUCUUCACAAGCACCCGUUCACUUCCCGACCGUCCUCCGCUUCCUCCGGCCUCCACGAUCUCAUCCCGCCACUCCUAUCCACUGUGAACCGCGCAGAGGGACCCAAACAAGAUGUCUUCCAGGCACAGGUCUGCUUGGGAUGGGUGCACUGGACUCUCAACGAGAUGGGCUUGGCAGCAGCUCGCUUUCCCAGUGACUUCGGAGAGACCGUGAACGAGCUCGAGAAUGUCGGCGAUGUCAUCUCCCCGUGGACUAAGACGUGCCUCGUCAAAGCCUGCUAUCUCAAGGGUUCCGCCCAGCGCAGUACUUCGGAUUACAGUGGCGCUCUGGAAACGCUCCAUUCCCUUACACCGUGGCUGAACACCCAGCUUCAAACCGCCACAAACCCCCCUCAGUUCCUGUACUGGUCGGAAAAACUCCUGGCAGAAGGUGCAUCUCUUGCGGGCGAAGAAGCUUGCGACAACAUCGUCACUGCCGACGCUCAAACUAUAACCUCCGCCCUGGGGUUCUUCAGGCUGUGGGCUUCCCAUCCUCUUGUCAAGCUGGUGACGUCGUCCCAACCACAUAUGGAUGACUCCGCGGAGCCUGUGUCACGGUCACCCAUAUGGAAGUCCUAUUACGACCUCUUAACAUAUAUCCUACAACAGAGCUUACCAUACAGCCCCUCCGCAGGUGGCCCGGUGCGCCCCCAGCUUGCCAGUGAAAUACGGCGCGUCGAGUCGCUCUGUGAAGCCAAUCUCCUCCGUGAAGCCAAGUUCCCCGCAGCUGAUUCAGGCAACCCGGAGAUCGAGGCUUGGGUUGAGCAAGUCAUCCAAAACUGGGAGGUGCUUUGUGGUACUACAUGGACGGAUGAGGAGCUUGGAGAAGGAGGCCAAAAUGCCGUGGGCAGAACUGUUCUUGAGAUUCUCUACCGCGCUGCCACCAAGGCUUACCACUCACACGUCAUUCUCCGACGCCUGUUCCAUGUACACUGCGCGCUUGCGGAUUAUGAUCUUGCUUUGAAGGCCCUCGAGUCCUAUAUCGAGAUCGUUACAAGCGCCAAAGAACGAGCGGAAAGCGGUGCGAAAUAUGGGGAAUUGGAGAAUGACGGGAUCUUGCUGCGCACUAUAUCCGAGGGUGUCACAAUGCUGUGCUGCUUUGGCUCGGAAAAGGAGGCCAAGAAAGCUGAGCAUCUGACGCAUCUCUUGAAGAAGCUUUCCAAGAAGCAUGUGCAGGAUGACGAGGAGGGAGAACAGGGCCCAAUUGUAAUUCUGUCGGAAACGAGCUCCACCGGUUCCCAGGCCGUGUCCCCCUUGGACAUUGCCGCAGCUUACAAGGGAAUCGGCAUAGGGCUUGCUAAUUGGGCGUACUGGACCCCGGUGAACGAGGACCGGGACGAAAUUCGGGGUGAAGCCAUUGACUACUUGGAGAGGAGCUUAGCCCCUGAGCUGGAGGACGAGUCCAACUGCUCCUCUCUCUAUACCUUGGCACUCCUCCUGGCAGAGAACCGGGAUCUAGAUGGUGCCAUUGACUACGUCAGGUCAGCCUUGACAUCAGACCCGCAGCAUAAAGCGGGCAAGGCCGAUUUUGCCCGGGAACGGGAUCUGGUCCCCUUGUGGCAUCUCCUGGCUCUGCUGCUAAGUGCUAAGCACGAGUUUGACAUCGCGGAACGCUCAUGUGAAGCUGCAUUCGAGCAAUUCCCCGCCACUGUAACAUCCCUUGCGCACAGUGACAGACGGCCGCAGAAACAGCACCCGACUGUCCAAGAACCCAACGUCGGUGGUAUAACCCAGGCGCUGAUUGAGAAACUGCGGAACCGCGAGAAGGAACGCAUUCUUGAGACUCGGAUGACUCAACUCGCCUUUAUCGAGCUUCAGGAAGGCCCCGAGGUUGCGGUCAACCAUAGCGACCAGCUCCUCAGCCUGUUCGCCACUCUUUUCCGCUCCGCGAACAUUGAGGACGACGAGAAAAGGAAUGACGAGAAGGUUCAUAUCAAGACGGAUUACGACCACCUUGUCCCCCCGAAGAGCUCUGCUGGUACGGUGAAAAGCCUCCGCGGCAGUAUCUUCGGACGGCAUCGGGGGCCCCGCGCUACAGAUCGGAGGGUGGAAUACACCCACGACCUCAAGGGCGAAAGCGGUUAUUCGACAGCUCAAAAUGAAUCAACGACCACCGCAGAUUCUGCGCCGGCUAUUCAGGUCACAGACGAUGUCAACCAACCCGCCUCGCGGUCUAACUCGCGCAAGGUGCGUACAAGGAGCAAUACUCUCAAGAAGGGAGAAGACGCCCAGGUGAACGGGGAUAUCCGGACGCAGGCUGGGCCUGGAACCGACGAUGCCAGUGGGCCUGGUCCCUCUCUGAACUUGGUUGGGGCCGCCAUGACCGAUGCGGCAGGCCAACCACAGAGCGGAAAGCAGCCCUUGGUUUUGGCUCAUAAUGUAAACCCUACCCAAAUGCCUCCCCCAGCAGGCAAUUACAAGCAGCCAGUAGAGCAAGAUGUCCGACUCCCCAUAUCCUAUGCCUUUGACUCGCCCACACGCGCGGUGACCCAGGUUGCGCCUGCUCAGGCCCAAAAGCAUGCUCUUUGCAUUCUCGUUAAAGUCUGGCUGCUCAUCGCCGGACUGUAUCGUCGGGCCUCGUCCUUUGAAGAUGCCAAUGAAGCAUGCGAGGAGGCUUCUAAGCAGGCGCUUCGUGUCGAGGCCCUCGUCGCAUCCCAAGAAUCUUCUGCUCGAGCGUUCAGGGAGCGUGGAUGGGGCAUCCCCAAGAGCACCGAUGAGCUCUGGGCAGACAUCUUUUCUGAACGCGGCAUGCUGUCGAACGCGCAGGAGCGUCCCCAUGAAGCGAUGGAGCACUUCGAGAAGGCGCUUAUGCACCAUGCGGAUCAUCCGAAGGCUACCGUCGGCCUGUCGAAUCUGCUGCUCGACAUCUGGGACCAGAAGAUCCCCUUGCAUCCACCCGGACCCAGCCUUGAUGCCGGCAUAUCAGCGUUACCCGUGUCCGCUUUGAACAACCCCAAUGAGGCAGAAGAUGAUGCGAAGCAGACAGGCCCGGAGGCCACACCUGCGCCUGCGCCGGCGCCUCCCAAGGCUAAGUCCAGCCCGCUGGCGGAUGACGAGGAGCCCAAGCUCUUGAACCGCAUUUCUGCCCGGGAGCGGGCCUUCGGGCUGCUGUCCGGGCUAACCAAACGCGGUACCUCUUGGGACAACAGUGAGGCUUGGUAUGCGCUCUCCCGAGCGUACGAGGCCGAGGAGCAGAUCCCGAAACUGAAAGAGGUGCUGUGGUGGUGUGUCGAGCUCGAAGACCGGCGGCCCCUCCGGCACUGGUCCAACAUCGGCUCCGGUAUAUACGUGCUGUGAAGAUUUUGUAUGUAGGCCACGGAACGAGCUUCCUUGUGAGAUUUUGCAUUUUGAUUGACGUGAUACCUCGGUGAUAUCCUCGUGUUCAUAGACAACGGACUACUGUAUAGAAAUGGCAGGCCAAGGGG